CUUCUGGUUCAUGUUCCUCUGGGUUGAAAUGACCUGUGGCUUUGAGAGCUCUGAACAGAGUUGAUAUGAAGUACAGUAGCACUAUUGUGUUGUCAAGCAAAAGUGUAUUUGCAUUUUUGUCAGAUGUUGAUGUGUGCAUUUAGGUAUAUCUAUGAAGAUGCUUGUCUUUCAUGGCAUGGUAGGUGCGUUGGCAAGAAAGAGGAAACUGACAUGUGCUGGUGUGCAUGUGCGGGAUUAAUUUACUGUGCUACCUAUUAACUCACUAUUUCUUUGUCUUUUAGGAUGCAGAUGCCAUGGCCACGCUACCUCCACUGUUGGCUCUGGUAAAUAGUGAGGUGCACCUUGGCAAAGGUGUCUUUGUCAAAGAAGAGCAAUGGUCAUGGCUGUUGUCGCGACCAAAAGACUCUUUGUUUUGCAAGGAAGCCACGAAGCUCCUGUGGGGUAUCCCUAACUUGAGGAAUAGGAGCCUCACAGGAGCACCCUGUCGGCGCUUCCUAAAGCAGGAAAACCUGGCGCCACCACGGAAAGCACUGACGCCUGAAAAGCUGCAGGCUGUUGCGAAUGGUUUUGCAGCCUACGUCAGCAAGAAGGCCUCCGAGACGCCAAAAGCAGACAGAUUAAGAAAGAUGAAUCGGUUUAUUGCAGAAAUGUUGAAUGAUCUGAAUAAAUAGUGUUAAGGGGGAAACAAUUUAGACAUCGU